ACAACGUAAAGAUGGCGACGGCGGGAUCAUUUCUGGAUGUCGUACGCUAACGUUACCGAGGGGAAGCGAUGUCCAUCGGAUGAAGAGUUGACCAUAUUGAUAUCACGUAACCUAAGCUGAAUUACCGGUCGUUAUGGAGGAACCGUGGGAUUUCGAGUUUUUCUCCCGCAUCGCGGACAGCUUCCUGUCGUUCCUGUCUGAAUUUGUUGACGACUGGCUCGCCAACGACAUGAGAGUUUCCAUAUUCAAAAUCUUACUCGGCUGGUUGAUUUUAAGUCUUGUCGCGAUUCACUUUGCAUGGAAAAUCUACGGGAACACAGUCAACGAUAUGUAUAAUCGACAAGGGACCGGACAGAACGGAGGCACGCCGGACACUUCACCCCACCUGAGCGGAUGGGAAAGCAAAGCAGGAGAUGCCCCAAAGACUCACCGAGAUUAACAGGACAAUGGUGUUGGACUUUAUCCAAGUGACAGCUGGACUGCAGUGAGACACAGUAAACGCACCUUUAAAGUUGGCUGAUAAUGAAGCAUCUUCAGUGCGUUCAUGGAUGCACUUUCUGGCAACUGCAUAGAAACUCAUCUGUUUUGCAAACUACAAGUGUCACACUGAUCCACUUUAUCAACUACAUUGUGCUGUGAGAUAUUUAUUUUGGCUUGUCGGCAUUAGUCAUCGAUAGGAAUAUUACUCUGGAUACUUACAUUGUUCAACUUGUUUCUUUAUUCAAAGUUCUACAAAUGUGACAAAUGAUAGGUUUAUUUGUGAAAUUAGUGUGCUUUCAGGACACUGACGAUAGUAAGCAGACAUAAAACUCUCCAUUCUGACCAUAAGAAAAAUAAUUGAUUUGAAUGAUGUAUGGAAGGAACACACGACUAGAUUUGUUCAAGUCUGUGGGAAUACAGAUCCACAAAAAGCAAGUUUACAUCUUCCAUGAUUUUUGAAAGAAUUGUUAACCAGUGUUUCUCAAAAUAUUCAAGGAACAUUGUGUGAACUCAAUGUGAGACAUAAAUAGAUAUAUUGGGACUGAUAUGAGUGUUCACCUCCUUGUCCUUUUGCUUUUUUUUCAAGAAUUAACAACAAAGUAAAAGUUAGGACAAUUCUACAAAAUAAUUACAAGGCACUGCAUUUUAACGAGAGAGGCACUACAGGGGGGUAAAGUUAAUAAUUGCUUAAGAAUAACAAUGUAUAUGUACUGUGGAGAUCAACUCAGUGACCACAACUCAGUUCAAUUCAGAAUUUGAAGCAAACGGACAUGAAGAUCGCUGUCCACUCUGUCCCCAUCUCAGUUUAAGGUGCUUGUACAGUUUUUAAAAUAUUCAGAUUUGCAAGGCUGAAACCGGCCUAUCCAUAUUGGGUAGAUUCAAAGCCGUAAUUGCUGCCUAAACUGCCUCAUUAAUUGAGGGUUUAUCCUUUUUACAUACAGUAUGUGUGCUCUUCAACUUGUUUCAUUUUGAGAUUAUUUUUUUCUGUUAAUGUUUUUCAAAAGCGUAGUUAAUAGUCAAAUAAAAUAACAUUUGAAUAAAUCAAA